AACGGGGGCGGGGCAAGUGGAAGGGACGGGGCGGACACGCGGCGCUCCUGGAGGGUUUGCGUACGGGACGGCCAUGGCCACACUGCGCAGGCUGCGAGAGGUACCCCGGCACUUGCUGGUCUGCGAGAAAUCCAACUUCGGCCACGACAAGUCGCGCCACAGGCAUCUUGUGGAGACGCACUAUCACAACUACAGAGUUUCAUUUCUGAUUCCUGAAUGUGGGAUACUACCUAAAGAACUGAAAAACCUGGUUACAGAAACUGGACCCUAUUACUUUGUGAAGAAUUUACCUCUUCAUGAGUUAAUUACACAAGAAUUCAUCAAUACCUUUGUAAAGAAAGGUUCGUGCUGUGCACUGACAUACAAUACAAAUAUCGAUGAAGAUAAUACUGUUGCUCUGCUGCCAAAUGGGAAAUUAAUUUUAUCACUUGAUAAAGACACUUAUGAAGAAACUGGACUUCAAGGUCAUCCAUCUCGUUAUUCUGGUAGAAAAAUAAUGAAAUUUAUUAUUUCCAUUGAUCUGAUGGACUUAUCCUUUAACCUGGAUUCUAAGAAGUAUAAAAGAAUAUCUUGGUCCUUCAAAGAGAAGAAGCCAUUGAAAUUCAAUUUUCUUUUGGCUUGGCAUCCUACAGGUAUGGAAGAAUCAACGAUGAUGUCCUACUUUUCCAAUUAUGGAAUUCAGGAGCAUCAGCCAAAAAUAGCAGUGAGCAUGGUGACAGAUCUGCAGUGCCCAGUGCUGCAGAGCAGCGAGCUCAGAGGCAAGCUGGAGGUGGCCUGCAGUGCCAGGGAGCUGUUCGACUGGCUGGGUGCUGUCUUCAGUAACGCUGACCUAAAUAAUGAGCCUAGUAAUUUCAUAUCAACUUAUUGCUGUCCUCAGCCAAGCACACUGAUGGCAAAAGCGUCUUUAUGUACGAUCACUGGUUUCAUACUUCCAGAGAAGAUAUGUCUCCUGUUGGAACAGCUGUGCCACUACUUCAAUGAGCCAAAGUUAGCUCCUUGGGUUACGUUGACGGUUCAAGGCUUUGCAGACAGUCCUGUUUCAUGGAGAGAAAAUGAGCAUGGUUUUCAAAAAGGAGGAGAACAUUUAUACAACUUUGUGAUUUUUAAUAAUCAGGACUAUUGGCUUCAGAUGGCUGUUGGGGCAAAUGAUGACUGUCCACCAUAAGAAUACAAAAUUUAUAAUCAUGUUUGUUUAUACUUUUCAGAUUUCUUAGUGGUAAAAGGACUGAGUGUUCUCUGAGACUUAUAUGAUAAUGACAUAUCUUAGAUAAGCAUCCUGCUCCGGAUGGGGCCCAUCCUGGACUGCAGUGGGGCCUGUCUGGCGAUCACCUCAGAGUUGUUUCUCCUUGUCGGUGUCAGCAUAUGACUUACUGCAUGGUAGAGUGAGCCAGGGAUCAGGGGUUAUGGAAUCAUUUGGUAAGAUGUAUGCUUUUACUCAGGUACAUGAUUGCAGCUUUUUUAUAUGAUAAUAAGAGCCAGUCCCCACUUCAAGUGUUGUGCAUGUAUUACCUCAUUUAGUUUUCACAUCAAUCAUGUGAGGAAACAGGCAGAGUAUAAAUAAGCUGCUGAGGUCACGUUGCUUAUGGACCGUAGGACUUGAUCUCCUGUCUGCUGCUUUCUUAGCUGUUCUCACUGUCCUGCCUCUGGAUCAGGACGGGUAUUUAAAUACUGUAUGUUGUUAAAGACCAAGUUGAGAGAAUUUUUUCCCCAGCUGUAUGGCUGGUAAGGACUAGCUGAAAACAACAAAAACUCUGGAAUAUAUAGCAAAAACCAUUAUUUAAAAUGUAUCAAUGAGCUGCAAAUAAACACUUCUAAAAGGCUAAAUUACCAUAUUUUUUGGACCAAAAGAUGCAACUGGGUUUUUGAGGAGGAAAAUAGGAAAAAAAAUUUUGAAGCAAAAAAUGUGGUAAAAUAUUUAAUAACAAAAUUAACAUAAUAUUUCACCAAUGUAAAUGUAAACAGAACUCGACAGCAGCAUUAACAACCAUUAUUCCUUCCAAAUUUGGGGGUGGGGGGAGUUCAUCUUAUAGUCCAAAAAAUAUGGAUAAAAAAAUUUCAUGGAAAUAGAAACUCAAAGAUGUAAUGAAGGUGCUGAUGCCACUUUUCACCUUUAGGAUAUUUGUGAAAUGUCAGAUCCAAUUUUGCUUUUCUCAGCCUGGUGUGGGGGCAGGGGCAAUAGAAUAGCAAACAAAGCUGAGGGCUUGCCUAAGUGGGCAUGCUAAUAGGAGAGCUCAGAGUUGAAACCCCAAAAGGACAGAGUAAGGAUGAACCAUAAAUAAACCUGUCUGCCUCCCCCUCACCUCUCCUGUCCCCCAGGACAGCAAGGAAGAUUGCCUUUCUGGGAGCAAACUUCUCUGAGAGGAUAUAUGUAUAACCACAGGCAGCCCUUAGCUGGUUUAUUCACACAACCUGGGUAGUCUGAAAAUAAUGUCUCAGGUUAUAAAUUUAUUUUUCCACUAGAAAAUAAUUUGUGUUGAGAUCCCACAAUGGCACAAACUGUUCUUGACAUUAAGCUCCUUCUUCCUUUGCAGUUUGGUCUUUACAUGGUCCCGUGAAUGCUUUCUUCUCCCACCACCUGGAAGUAGCCGUGGGCAAACUUCAAGGUGGUGUCAGUGAACUUAAGUCCCGGUGUUUAUUUGUACCUCAAACCAGAAAUUUAAAGUGAUAGAAAGUUUUUAGUGCUUUCCAGGUGACAGGCAAAAGCAAAACAGAUUAUCUUCAGAGGGACUCAGAAAUAGUUACAAGGAAUGUUAGUUCAUAAUCACAGACAGGUAAAAUAGGCAAGCAAAAGUGUUGGACAGAAGAAGCAGGCCUACAAAGACAAAAUAUUUAGGUUAUCAAACAUAAAAAGUAUGCUAUUUUUUAAGAUUUUUUGUUUAUUUUUAGAGAGAGGGGAAGGAGAAAGAAGGAGAAGGAAUUGAUGUAUGAGAGAUACAUCGGUCAGUUGCCUCUCACACACUACCAGCUGGGAACCUGGCCUGCAACUCACCUGACCAGGGAUCACAUCAGUGACCUUUUGGUUCUCAGGCCAGUGCUCAACCCACUGAGCUACACCAGCCAGGGCUGUUGUAUAAUUAAAGAAAUAAGGGGGAUUGAAGAUCAUGUGUAAAAAUAACCAAGCAGAUUGGGAAAGUAUUAAAUGGAAAUCUAGGAGUGAAAAAUACUGUAAUUGAAAGUUUAAUGGAUUGGCUUAAUAGUACACUGAACACCACUGAAAAAAAAGAAAAUAAUAGAUUAGGAAAUAAAGAUGUUUCAAACUUGGAAAAGCUGAAGGACUUUACCAGAAGACCAGGCAUCACAAGAAAAGUUAAAGGAUAUUCUGCAGGCAAAAGGAAAAUAAUACCAGAUAGAAAUCUGGAUCUAAACAGGAAUGAAGAACACUAGAAAUAGUAACAAUAUGGGUAAAUGUAUGAGUUAUUCAAACCUCUUUAAAAUACCAUUGUUUAAGCAAUCAUAACAAUAUAUUGUGGACUUUAUAAUAUACUUGUAUGUAAGUACAAUGGAUGACAAUAAUAGCUUAAAGACUAGAAGGGAAGAAGUAUAACACUUGUGAGUUUCUUGUAUUAUACAUGAAAUGAUAUAUUAUCAUUGGAAUAUAGACUGAUAAAUUUUAGAUAUAGUAAGUCCUAAAACAAUCACUAAACUAACAAAACAAAUAAUUGUAGUUAUUAAACUAACAGGUAAAAUGGAAUUUUAAAAUGGAUUAGAUUAACCCAGAAAAAUGACAGAAGAGGUAAAAGAAUUGAAAAUAGAUGGGAUCAAUAGAAAAUAAAAAGUAAAUAUCAAAACUCACCAUAUCAAUAAUCACAUUAAAUACAGUAAACACCUCAAUUAAAAGGCAGAGAUUGUCAGAUUGGAUUAAAGGGAAAAGACCUAAGUAUAUUCUGCCUUCAUGAAGUGUACAAAUGUUAAAAGUAAAACGAUGGAAAAAGAUAUACCAUUCUAACACUAGU